AAAUAAGGAACUCUGCCAAACUGCCCUCCACCACUAGUUAGCACGCCUCUCAUAGCUGUCCAGUGUCUCCCUACUGUCGCUCUCAUUUUCCGUGUUAUCAACGCAUCGCGAGCACAGACUCGUGUCCACGGCACGUUAUAGUCGCUAGUAUCUAGCGUCUGGCACCAGAAUACAUCGAUUGUGAUCAUGGAUGCCCGCCAUCAAGACCCAGAGGAUUUCUACGUCAAACAAGAUAGGAUCGGAAAGGGAUCCUUUGGCGAGGUUUACAAAGGGUACGACAAGCGAACGCAGAAAACGGUCGCCAUCAAAAUCAUAGACCUCGAGAGCGCCGAAGACGAGAUCGAAGAUAUUCAACAGGAAAUACAGAUCCUUUCACAGCUAGACUCUCCCCAUGUGACCAAAUACCAUGGCUCUUACCUCAAGGGAUCGCAUCUAUGGAUCGUCAUGGAGUAUUGUUCAGGUGGCUCAUGCUCUGAUCUGAUGAAACCAGGGGUUUUCCGAGAAGAGUAUAUCGCCAUAAUUCUACGAGAGCUCCUUCGUGGUCUAGACUACCUCCACACUGAAGGAAAGCUUCAUCGUGACAUUAAGGCGGCCAACAUUUUAUUAUCCGCGUCAGGAGAGGUCAAGCUGGCCGACUUUGGGGUUUCGGGACAGUUGUCCGGAACUCUUUCCGCGAAGAAGAAUACGUUUGUUGGCACGCCAUAUUGGAUGUCCCCGGAGGUAAUCAAACAGAGUGGGUACGAUCACAAGGCAGACAUUUGGAGUCUUGGAAUCACAGCCAUCGAACUGGCUAAAGGCGAACCGCCAUAUGCAGAGCUGCACCCAAUGAAGGUGUUAUUCCUCAUCCCGAAGAACCCUCCUCCCCAACUGGACAGCCAUUUCUCUAAGCCAUUCCGGGACUUCGUCUCAUAUUGUCUGCAACGGGACCCUCGCGACAGACCAUCAGCACGAGAGCUUCUUAAACACAAAUUCGUACGGAUGGCAAAGAAAACGAUUUACCUCACCGAGCUAAUUGAACGCCACGAACGCUGGAAAGCUGAAGGUGGCGAAAGAUUAGAAGAAGAGCAGGAAGCUGCGAAAGCAGAGUCUGAUCACAGCGAUCCUGAGGAUCUAUGGGACUUCGGCACCGUUCGACAUGUUGGCAAGCCUUCGACCAUUGGUCGAACUAACAAUUCCAUCAAGGUCUCAGGACCUCCACUGACAUGGGAGAUGAACGGGUCGACGCGGUCGGAACUGUCUCACUCAUCUACCACCCGUAAACGAACUUCCAAUUCGUCGAUAAGGAAGACGGAACUACCACCACUUCCAACGUCUCCUCAGUCUGCGCGACGAUCAUCUCACGACCAGUCGACAGUUAGGCACAUGCCGAGCGGUGGUCAGAACAGCGUGCAUACCGACCGUCAGGCUGCGGAUGAGGGGCGACAUUCUGACGAGGGUGAUUAUGAUGGUGCAUAUACGGAGACAUACCCACGCGGAGCGACUUUGGUCCAGGAGAAAGCCGCACCCGGUGCGGAUGACGAGGAUCUGCCUGACACGACAAUGCUUGACUCUGUUAUACUUCCUGCAAUUGCAUCGUUAUUUCCCCGCGUGUCUACACAGGAGGCUCGCGUUGCGCUUAGCACUCUGCAGCGCGCGUUUACGGAGGCCGAGCGUAUCAUACCUGGUGUGACGCUGGAGAUUGUGAACGAGAUCGUAGAUUCGGUGGAGCGAGUGGAGGACGAUGGCUAAUAGGUGACAUUUACAUCGCAUCACUUCUUUUCUCCUCGCUUUCUUGUCGUUGGCCGUGCUCCAAACCUCGUUUACCCAGCAAUACUUUCCUGCAGUAUACCUUUGGACACUCUUAACGCAUCUCACUUUAGCCGCUAUCGUAAACACACAUCCCAGUCACCCUGUACCACACCGCCAAUACCCUUUGUCUUUAG